AUGUCUUCUGCCGGCCGCACAUCCGUCUCCUCCAACGGCUCUGCAUCGUCCAUUCCUGAACCCGCUCCUCGGCAAGUCGCAUCAGUCUGCUACCCAAAGGGCAAAUGCAUGGCCGGCGACGGAUCCGUGGAGAAUGCUGGGGAGAGCUGGACGAGAGAAGUUUACGGCAAGAUGAAGUGA